GAUGGAAGCAUGUUGGGUUAAAUACAUGAGGGCAUCUAGCACUGGUUGCGUUCAUCAUUCCGUGACACAACCGAUAAUGCAGCAAGGUUAAAUAAAAGCAUAUGCACAUACUGUACUGUCCUUCGAGGCCCAGCAUAUCGAAUCCCCCCGUGUCACAAGCUACUCCAGCCCCAAGUACUCUGAGGUUACCCCAGAUCGCGAAAGACGCGUCCCGCCAUUUUGCGCCCAUGCAUGAUUCCCAAGCUGCUUUAUUUAUUUACUUUUCCAUGUCAUAGCUACCCACGAGCGCACUACGAUCUGGCGGCACUGAAACGGCUUCUUCUUUUGGCAUCCUUAUGCUGCAUGCAUGGAAGCAGCUCUAAAAAUGCAACAUGUCGGCUUCGUCCUCAGAUAAGGAGCGGCGCAUUAACCUGAGCAUCAACCGUCUGAUAGCUCAGGUAGCCCCUCCGCCCAACGACCUCGCCGAGGACCAGCAACAGGAAAGGGUAGACUGGUACACAACUCAGGUCAAGACUCACUUACAAGACAAUCCUUCACCUUCUGUUGCAUCCGACGUGAACCAUGCCUCGGACCUCAUCAAGCGCAAGCUCAUCGCCACGAGCCCCGCCCAGGCAUUGCGCUUCUCCAAUCUCUACUCGCGACUUCUGGCCCUGCCAGUGCUGAAUCAGAAAUGGGCCAUGUUAUAUCUGCUCAACGAGCUGGCAGAUUCGCCAAGCCCGGAGGAGGAUGAUCCCCACGCAUAUCAGGAGUACAUACAAGCCGAGCGGGCAGCGAGGCAAGAAGCCAUACAAGACCGAAGGCGACCUACGAAAGGCGACGACAAGCAUGCGACGCCCGAUGCGAUGCGAAGCCCCCAGGACCACCAUCAAAGGGCGGAUCCCGAGGAUGACUUCUUCCCCGGUGGGCUGAAGAAGGUCGUCGACAGAGCUAGGGGUCUGAGAGACCAGCCCCCCGAAGAUUCGGAGUCUGACUUUGACCGUCCAAUAUCAGCGCCCGCAUCAAGGCCCGUGUCGUCAAUGGGAGAGCACAAGAGGAAGGCUACAUUGGACAGGGCCCCUUCAGACCAGUCUAAACCCAGAGAUGUCUCUAUCAAGUCCAGUCAACUAUCCGACAACUAUUCGACCAUUGAUCCAUCCGAACUAGUCCUGCUCCGAGAUUUACCCUACACGCUUCAAGGGCUCUCUUCUACCACCUUGCCGUUCGGCAAGGGUUACACAGUCAAGCUUCCUCGCACUCUCCCUACACCUAUAGUGUCCAUUUUGAACACAUUGGCAGAGCCCUCUCUGUUAUAUCGGACCUUGGAGGACUUUGUCAAAACACCAGCAAAGGGUCUUCUGUCCCAGAGUCUACGCGCAGCUGUCAGCAACGAGCUUCGCGCAUAUCUGACUCUAGUCGCUACAUUGGAAGGACAGAUCAGACUGGCACUUGCCACUAUUGACGACAAUGCGCCUCGAAGCGGCAUCGGAAAAACCGGUGUGACAUUAAAACGUUGUGUAGUUUGGACGAGGGAAGCGACCAUGGGUCUGAGGCUCAUGAGUCUCAUUGCGGAGGAGUCAAAAAGCAAGAAAGGUGGUCAGCUCAUCUCUCUAAUUCACUCAUUUUCCUCGCUCCACGGAGACCCCAUCGUCGGCGCUUUCGCCGAGCGUCUCCUUACUCCCGUCACAAGGCCAUUCUACGAUAUACUCCGGCACUGGAUCUAUGAUGGUGAGCUCUCAGACCCAUACCAGGAGUUCUUCGUAUACGAGCAGUCUCCAGAGCAGAUGCCUAAAGGCAAGUCUGGAUCUACUAAUGUUUGGGAGGACAAGUACGUCAUGAAAGGAUCUAUGAUCCCUUCGAUUAUGCCCGAGGUAUUUGCCCAAAAGGUCUUCUUGAUUGGCAAGUCCCUCAACUUUAUUCGACACUCAUGCGGCGAUGCUCCAUGGGUAGAGUCAUAUAGCAAGGAGUCGUCCAAAGAGCUUCGCUAUGGCGAUACGGCAACGUUGGAGGCAUGGAUCGACGAGGCCUACAAAGCAACGAUGCGUCGACUUCUGCAUCUCAUGACGCAGAAGUUUCAUUUAUUCGAUCACCUGCGAGCCUUGAAAUCGUACAUCCUUCUCGGACAAGGUGACUUCAUCGCGUUGCUGAUGGAGUCCUUAGCUGGUAACCUGGACCGUCCAGCAGGAGCUCAGUACAGACAUACCCUGACAGCGCAACUGGAACACGCCAUCCGUGGCUCCAACGCACAGUACGACUCGCCUGAAGUGCUCAGGAGGCUAGACGCACGUAUGCUUCAGCUCACCCACGGCGAUAUAGGAUGGGACUGCUUCACGCUGGAAUACAAGAUCGACGCGCCUUGCGACGUCGUCGUCUCGGACUGGGGCGCGCGCCAAUAUCUCAAGGUCUUCAACUUCCUCUGGCGCGUCAAGCGCGUCGAGUUCGCCCUCUCCUCGUCCUGGCGCAAGGUCACCACAGGCUCCCGAGGCGUGCUGCAGACGCGCCACAAGACCGUCCAGCAGACCUGGAAGACCACGCGCGGCGUCCUGGCGGAGAUGGUCCACUUCGUCGGCCAGCUGCAGUACUACAUCCUCUUCGAGGUCAUCGAGUCCUCCUGGACGGAGCUGCAGCGCAGGCUCGCCGGCGAAGACUGCACCCUCGACGAUGUGAUACACGCCCACACGACGUACCUCGAGUCCAUCACGCACAAGGGCCUACUGGGCGCCCGGCGACGGCGCUUCGGCGGCGGCGAGAAGGAGGAGGACGAGAACUCGUACAUGAUCCAGCUCUCCGAGCUGCUCAGGAACAUGCUGUCGUACCGCGACUCCGUCGACGGCCUGUACUCGUGGUCCGUCUCGGACUUCACCCGGCGGCAGGAGGCCGAUUUCCACAACACGGCCGUGUCGUCGCACCCUAACGUGACGGCGCGGACGCGGCGCACGAACCCUGCCGGCCUCGCACACGCGGGCGACGGGGACGAGGAAGACCAGGACGAGGUCCCCGGAGGCGAGAACAGCGAGUUCCCGGCCCUGCAGGAGCGCCUCGCGCACCUGGGCGACAGGUUCAGGAACCGGCUGCAGAUCCUGCUGGGCGACCUGGCGUACCAGUCGGACGUGGACCUGAGGUUCCUGGGCGUGGCCAUGAACUUCAACGACGUGUACCAGCCGAUCAGGAAGAAGGCCAAGGGCACGCCGGCGCCCGGCGGGCUGGCUGUGGGUGGUGGUGUCGGGGGCGGUCAAAAGUGAGGGCUCAUGAGCAAUGAACGGGCGAUAGAUAUUUAUAAAAGAAAGUCCUGAGAUGGACCGGUUCAGUAUUGGUGGCAUACUCCAGCGCUUUCUCACGCUAGAAUUAUCAAUGUUUAUCAUGAAUUUAUGUCACGGCAGUAAUAAACAAAUCCAGCCAAACAGGCAAU